AUGCAAUGUCGUGUGCUCGUGGCACUACUAGCGCUGCAUACCGCGGCGCUAUAUCUAUUCACUACAGGUUUUUUUCUUACCCGCUUUGAGGUAUCCGAUUUAAGCAGAUGCCAAGCACCCCCAUCAGAGACCGUUGACAACCUUCGUGGCGGCCCUGAAGACCCAGCGAGUUUAGACAAUGAAAGUUGCUGGAUGCCUCGACGUUUUCGCAGAGUGGUUUUCGUGGUAAUAGAUGCGUUGCGAUAUGACUUUGCAGCAACUGGGUUGAAUACUAGACGAUCGGCUUUUUAUAGCGAUCGCCUGUCGAUUUUCAAUGAUACAUUGACCCGCGAGCCAGGACACGCACUACUGCUUAAGUUCGUGGCCGAUCCUCCAACUAUGACAAUGCAACGCCUUAAAGGUCUAACUACUGGAUCACUACCGACAUUUCUGGAUAUUAAAGACAAUAUGGCAGCUAGUAGUCAGAUUGUCGAGGACAAUUUGUUGCGUCAAUUGCGAACACAGCACCGUGGCGUAGUUUUUAUGGGGGAUGACACAUGGAAUUCGCUUUAUGCUCGCGAAUUCACGAGGGAAUUUGCUUUUGACUCGUUUAAUGUAAAAGAUUUACACUCGGUUGAUCGCGGUGUGACGGCACAUUUGUUUCCAGAGCUGAUGAAGUCGGACUGGGACUUGCUGAUCGCGCACUUUUUAGGAAUAGAUCAUGUUGGCCAUACCCACGGUCCCGUCUCUGUUUUUAUGGCUCAAAAGCUGGAUGAGAUGAAUAUAAUGCUUCAAAAAUUGUUGCAAACGCUAAAAGAUAUGCCGGAUGGAGAGGAUGUACUGCUGGCUGUGCUGGGAGACCACGGUAUGUCCGCCGACGGUAAUCAUGGCGGUGCAAGUGAUGAAGAAACCGGUGCUGCGUUGUUUCUUUACAGCAAAGCGUCACUUGUGGUUACCGGACGAGUUGAGGAUAGCAAAGAGGCGAAAGAACUGAAGCACUUUGCUGAGAAACUACUUGACAGCUCACGAGAGGUGCCGCAAGUAGACUUGGUGCCCACGUUAGCGCUGCUGAUCGGCUUGCCCAUUCCAUUUGGGAACUUAGGGAGUGUGAUCCCGCCACUUUUUUUCGUACCCCCACCAUCAUUAGGAAACAGAGAAAACAGUGCGUCGUUAUCUCUUACGGUACUCGUCCGCAACCAAAUUACCCGAGCGAGCGUGCAAAAAGGUUCAUCCUAUUCGAAGGCUGACCUUCCAUUGCUUUUGCGCCUCCACCAAGACAUAGCUAGACGACAACAAAAUUAUUUGCGCGAAGCACUAUCAUUAGGACGUUCUAUUUGGACGCAGUUUGAUUUGUGCAACAUGGGCUGGGGAAUGCUGCUGCUUGCGUGGACAUUCCUCAUUGGUGCCUCUAACACUCGCGUCUUUACUCUUCGGUCAGUUAUUAGUAAUUCAUGGAGUCCCCCACUUGGUAUUGUCGCAGCAACCAGUGGUUUGCUCAUCAUUUGCCCCACAAAAAUCAAUCUACCGUUUCUUCCUGCAGCUCCAACUUCGCGGGGACUAGUUGCAGGUGCUUGUACUGUUCUUAUUGAUAUGAGCUUGCACUCAUUCUUUGAGAAUUCACUCGCGAGAAUUCAAGGCAAGGUAACAAGCGUGAGAACAUCGCCAUCAGCGGCGGGAGUGGUGGCCACCUUUGUCGUGGUUCUUCAUGCAUUCGCACUAUUCUCUAACAGCUAUAUUGUAGCAGAGAGCAAUGUGAUGCAAUUUUUGUCAGCAACGAUUGGAAUUUUUCUGUUCAUAUGUGCGCAGCAGCGAAACUGUCGAACUGCCACAGGCGCUGCGCUAGCUUUCAUGCUUGCCACGCGAAUGAGUAGUGCGCUGGAGCCACCGAAUAUUAUAAAGGCAACUGCAACUUGGGAACAUACAUUUGCCCCACUGAUUGGAGUAGCAGCUGUUGCUGUUGGUUCCUCGUUGCAAAUGCUACUGUAUCUGCGCGAUUUUUUGGGCUGCGUCGCCAAUCAAAGCGACUUUCUGGCGACUAUGGCUGCCGCGCUGCGUGUACCUAAUAUUUUUAGGAACUCUUGUUUGCUUAUUCGUAAACAUCGUACGAAUGAAGUGUCAAAUCAGCAAUCAAGUUACAAAGUGGAAAAUUGA